UGAACAAAUAGCGCUUGCCAUUCGUCGGUUUCCGACAUGUUGCAAGCUUGACUUCUUGAAACAUCUUGAAAUUGUUGAAAUUGACAGAUGUGCCUCACGCUAAACUCGAGUUUCCUUUGAUUAAAGCUCUGUAUAUCCCGGAGGCGGAGAUUUAAGUGUUUUCUGCAAUAUCAAGGAAUAAAUCCAAUCAAGAUGGAACAUUCCGGUUCGGUGACAAUCAACGAUUCACGUUAAAUAAUUACGUUUCUUUGUUUGAUAUACUUGCCACCCAUUUCAAUAUGAUUGACCGAAGGAUGGUGACUUUUACUUCGCAUGCUACAUGAUUGUAACUGGUUCGUACAUCGACGAGAAGCUUAUCGGUUGUCUAGCUGCUUUGUUCUGGACUCUCGAAACGUAUGGAUUAUCGCAUAUUCAAAGGACUAGAUCAAUAAUCAUGUUUUAUGUAUAUUUAUUGUUUUGGUGAAUCAAAACAUAUGCGCCGGAAGUGCUUUUAAUAGUAAUCAAUUUCUACUCGGAACUGUGAAUGGUGUUCCGAUACUUUAUCUUGUACUUGUAAUUGCAAGGGAUACGCUGACGCUUUUACUUGAUAACUAUUAUGAAAUGCAACGACACAGGAUUUCAUUGUGUACAUUUAAACUAUAGCAGUGUAUAAACGUAGUAUAGGAUGGCAGCUUUAUGGUCAGGACGUCUCGGAUGGCUAGGAAAGCUUGGACUUUUGUUACUGGCAGCAUGGCUUCUGAUAUUAAUCGUGUCGGUAUCGCAUGUUUUUCGAAACAGCCCGUCGACUUCUCAUGAAGCCAGUCCUAACGAGAAAGAAAAUGCCAAACGUCUAGCACAAAUGAUGAAGGAAUUCGAUGUUCUCAAACGGCAAAACGAAGCCCUUAGAAGUGUAAUUUUAGGAGAAGGAUCCAAACCCAUUCAAGGAGAUCACUUGGGUUCCUUACAUGAGAAAAUUGAAAAAGCAUCAAUUUAUUAUGAUUUGCUCGAUAGACCAGACGGAAGUAAACACGAUGCGCCAUCGCUUCAAUACGAAGAAUUAAGGAGAAGAGUCCAAAAUAACAUCCAGGAAAUGUGGUAUUAUGUUAGUGCGGAGUUUAAAAGGUUUAAGAAAAAUGCAGAUGAAUUGUCAUACGAGCAGAAAGAAAGAGAAAUGCAUAUUGCAUUGAAAAAUGUCUGGGAGCAUAAAAGAUCCCUUAGUAUGGAUAUGGAAAGGUUGGCUCAAGUGGAUGGAUAUAACGAGUGGAGAGAGAAAGAAGCUCAAGAUUUGUCCGAUCUCGUGCAGAGAAGAUUUAAGUAUCUACAAAAUCCUAGCGAUUGUAGCAAGGCAAAAAAGCUCAUAUGCAGUUUAAACAAAGGUUGCGGUUUCGGUUGUCAGGUCCACCAUGUGGCAUAUUGCUUUCUGGUAGCCUAUGGAACCGAGAGAACACUAAUUCUAAAGUCAAAAGGUUGGCGGUACCACAAAACUGGUUGGGAAUCGGUUUUCAAGCCUGUGAGUGACACCUGUGUAUCGGCAAGUGGAGUAUCGCUAGCAAAUUGGCCCGGAGAUCCAUCGAAGCAAGUAAUUUCACUACCUCUUGUUGACAAUGUGUACCCUAAGCCAAAAUUUCAACCGCCAAGUGUACCUGCUGAUUUGGUACCAAGGUUGGAGAAAUUGCAUGCCCAACCGUUAGUGUGGUGGGUUGGCCAAGUACUAAAGUACUUAAUGCGUCCGCAAGAGAAUUUGAAGAAAGUUUUAGAUUAUUCGAAAGAAAAGCUUGGAUUUGAAAAGCCUAUCGUUGGCAUUCACGUCCGUAGAACUGACAAGGUUGGGACGGAAGCUGCAUAUCACGAUAUCGAUGAAUAUAUGGCCAAAGCAGAGGAAUAUUUUGACCAACUCGAGACCAAGCCUAGUGUGAAGCGAGUAUUUAUCGCAAGUGAUGACCCGAAAGUGAUAAACAAUGCGCGAAGUCGUUACCCGAAGUAUCAGAUAAUCGGUGACCCUGCAAUAGCUGAAACUGCGUCAGUAUCCAGGAGGUAUUCGGACACAUCUUUGCAAGGAAUCAUUAUAGACAUUCAUCUCCUCUCACUCUGUGACUUUUUAGUUUGCACGUUCAGCUCACAAGUGUGUCGUGUAGCGUAUGAAUUGAUGCAAACCUUCUAUUCCGAUGCCCACAAUAGGUUCGCAUCGUUAGAUGAUAUCUAUUAUUACGGUGGACAAAAUCCACAUUCGCACGUUGCAAUCAUAGAUCAUGUACCGAGAAGGCCCGGUGAAUUAGAAUUAAAAGUAGGUGAUUUAAUUGAAGUUUACGGUAACCAUUGGGAUGGCUACUCUAAAGGGAGGAAUACAAGGACCAAUAUGGCAGGAUUGUUUCCUAGUUUUAAAGUUAAAGAUCCUGUGGUGGCUGUCGAUUUUCCCAAAUACCCCGAUGUACCCUUACAUGAGAAUAAAAAUUAGUCGAAUUGUAUUUUACACAAUGACCAUAAUAAUGACUAGUAAACUGGACCGGAGAUUUGUAGCAAUUUUGGUCGACUUGAAAUUUCACAAAUUUUAUGGUUUCCAACAAUGCUUUUCUAAUAAUGAAAGAAAUAUAUUAGUAUUUAUCUUUAGUGACAGUACCAACCGAGGAAAUACUUUCAAGUUCUUUCGUUAAAUAUGUAUACUUAUACGUAACAAAAGUACACGUAACGUUGGUAUAUUUUUAUAGCAUUUACUGUUACUAAAUGGAAAAUAAACGGAUACAGUUUAUUUAUAUGUUUCUUGUAUUGUUUGGAUAUUCAGUUCGGGAUAAACUUAUGUUUAUUGUUUAUAAUUACGGUUCCAGUGGGAGGGAUCAGUAUUAUUUAUGCAAGGAUAAAGUGUUUUAUAUUUGGAAGAAAAUUGAACAUAAUUGUCUAUACGUGCAUCUCUGUGCCAAAUUGAGGCAAAAUCAUUUUGAUGUGGCUUUUCACGUUUUGAAAAAUGUAUGCAAUCCGUUGAUUCGUACAAUAUCAGCAAAGCAGAGAGUGUACAUACAUAAAAUGAUUGCAAUUCUAAUUUGAAACAUGGGCUUGUAAAAACAAUAACAAAAGUUGCGUUAAACCGGACAGCAAUGUAUACCCACUGAACACCAAACCUAACAGUUACGUAACUUAAAACUAACAAAUAACAUAACGUUUGUUACAAUGUA